UUGCGGCUACUGCUCAUGAGCUCUGCCCAUAGUCCACAGUCGUUUGACCUCUCGAUUUCGACAGCAUCCACUCUAUGGUCGAGAUUAAGAAUAUAUCAGAAGAUCCUGCACACUCCCUUGGCGUCGAAGACCAUGAGGGCGGCCAGUACAGGUUACUCUACAGCAAGUCCAAGGUCUACGUGAAUCCGACGGUUUACGCACGAGAUAAUAUCCCCGGGUUCGUGGCGCUCGUCAAGCGAGAAGCGGCGAAUCCUACAUAUUUGCUAGCUUGGCUGCCGGAGACCUUGCUGAAUGAGAAGGGUCAAACUGAAUGGGACAAGUUCGUCAGGACAGAGGAGCGAAUGACUAUUCACGAGGAAGAAGAGGAUGCAGUCCUCAUUGACAUGCCAAUACCACGUCCGGAGACCUAUGCCUUCUCCGUAUCACUGACCUCAAUCUACUCCCUCAUUAUACAGCCGCCGUCUUUGUCCUCCUGGUACGGCUCAAUAGUCAUUAAUCUAAUCAAUGGCACGACACUACCUACAUUGCAUUUUCAUGACGAUGAGUCGCGUUCGUUCACCGCUCUACACAAAGCUCCAGCGGAUCACAAGCACGACAUAUACCCGCCUCCUCAGUCUCCGCUAGCCUCGUCUUCCAAAGCCGUCUCUUGGGGCGGAGAAGAUCUCCUCUCUCGUCUCAAGUCUUACGCUCACAUCAUGCGCUCGAACUUGCAGCCGACUCUAUACCUGGUGGAUCCCUCGCGAGAAGACAUUGAGACUCAUUCGACCCAGUUGUUCGCGGACGAUGCCGUGGACGAUAUUCUUGCUCAAUCUUCGUAUGCGAACUCUCACUCCCCAAUUCCCGCCCACCGCCGACCCCGGCCCCUUACAGGAACUACAAAUCCAUACUCACCACGAUCAUCUAUUCUACAUCGGUCUUUGCAUUCUCCGUCGGCCUCGUCGGCCUCAUCGUCGUCGCAAGCGCGGAUGGCGCUAUUGCAGUCAUUCUCACAAAUAACACGACACGCAGCGCAUGCGGCGCAGCACAUCUUGUCUCAUCCGCUCGCUAAGCCCAUUGUUCCUCAUUUGCCUGAUCCCGUCAAGAGUCUUGUCAAUGCGAACGGGGAUCUUGAAUGGGGAAGCUGGGUUGAGAAGGGCGGCGUUGGUGAAUUUGAGAGCGCUCGAGUCUAUCUAGCUCGCUGGGCUCGUAUCGUCGCAGAAGAGGGCGAGCGUGAACGUCGUAAAGAAGCUCAGACACUCCCGUCCUCUGAUUCCACGGAGCUUCCUUCAGAAAGCACGUCUCUAGGUGUUUUUGAGCUACUACAGUCUUCUGUCAAUCUGCCAACGCCCAAGUCUACACGCAACCCUAGCAGUCCGGUAGACGAGAAAACUUGGAAGGGAUGGUUUAACGCGGAUGGUUCGCCAAAUAUCAGCGCCGAGGAGAUGCGACGGCAAAUAUUUCAACGCGGUAUAAUCUCCAAAGGCGCAUUGAGAAAACAGAUGUGGCCUUUCCUGCUUGGAGUGCAUGAAUGGGACAAAACUUACGCGGAGCGUAAGACGGCAUGGGAGACAAAACGUCAAAGAUAUCGUGAAUUGAAGAACCAGUGGUGGGGUGUUCCGGAAGUAUUCGACCGACAGGAUGUCAUCGAGGAACGCCAUCGCAUAGAUGUCGACUGUCGUCGUACGGACCGCACUCACCCUCUGCUUGCGUCCACAACUCCUGUCAUAGAUGCUUCGGAUGACGAGAAGGGCCUGCACAUGCGCUACUCAACAAUAUCUCCGGGUCUCAGUGAUAUCGGUGCCCAAGCACCGACUAACGAGCAUAUUGAGCGAAUGGGUGGUAUACUACUCACAUAUAACUUUUACGACACCGAUCUCGGCUAUGUUCAGGGCAUGUCGGAUCUCUGCGCUCCAGUCUACGUUGUGAUGGAUGCAGACGAAGAACUGACCUUUUGGUGCUUCGUUUCCGUCAUGACCCGCAUGAAGCAUAAUUUCCUGAGGGAUCAAUCUGGCAUGAAGAAGCAGUUGUCCACACUACAACAGCUCAUCGGCGUCAUGGACCCAGAGCUCUAUCGGCACCUAGAGAAGACGGACGCGCUGAACCUAUUUUUCUGUUUCCGAUGGAUCCUCAUCGCCUUCAAGCGCGAAUUCUCGUUUGAGGACGUUCUGCGGCUCUGGGAGGUGCUCUGGACCGACUGUUACAGCCGAAACUUCGUGCUGUUUGUGUCUUUGGCUAUGCUCGAGUCUCAUCGAGACGUGAUCAUGCGCUAUCUUGUAGAAUUCGACGAGAUACUGAAGUAUUGUAAUGAACUCAGCAUGACCAUCGAACUUGACAGCACGCUCGCUCAAGCCGAAGUUCUUUUUUUGUCUUUCGCACAGCUUGUAGCCGACAUUGACCGUCGCCGAGCGGAGGAACCUGCCACCGGCUCGGGGCAAAUGCGCAAUCGAACGACGGGAGAGGUUAUGUCGGAAGGAAAAUCAAAAUUCCCUAUUCUCAGCGACGAACUGAGAGAUUUGUUGAAGACAGGUCGGUGAGGCAACGCGCUCGCGGUCGUGCGAGGUUAUGCCGUCUUGUACUAUUGGACUGAGAAACACGUGGACUCAUUUACACACAUCUUCGUCGGUACUGUAUACUGUUUCGAUUAGGUUUUAAAUACACACUUAAACGUCGCCAUGAAAUGCGACUGAAGAUGUAUCUUUAUUUACUUCGCUCCGAGG